AUGACGGCGCAGCGCUCGCGGCAGCUGCUCGCGGAAGUGUACGCGCGUCUUGUGAGUGACAAGGGCGCGCUGGCGGCGCUGAACACCGCCGGCCCGCUGCGUGCGUACGCGCACGAGCUCGCGGCGCUCACCACGGCGCCGGCCGAGGUGCUUGGCGCGACAGACGCCGAGAAGGAGCGCACGAACAGCUGGCUGGACGAGGUCGAGGGCAUGAAUGGCAGUCUCGAGACACUGGACCGCGAGCUUGCCUCGCGCACGUUUUUGAGCGGCAACGCACCGACAGCGGCAGACUACUCGCUCUUUGCGUCGCUGUACGACGUCGUGUCGACGCUGCCGCCGGCCGCGCAGCACGCGCACCCGUCGCUGGUGCGCUACUUUUCCCACAUGUCGCACCUGGCGGCCGGUGCGCAGCUCGAUCCCCCGGUGACGCCGUUUGAGCCGGCGUUUGAAGGCUUCCCCACGAUUCAGCGCGCGGCGCCGGUCAAGGAGAAGAAGGAGAAGAAGGAGGCGAAGGAGGCAAAGGAGGCAAAGGAGCCGAGCGAGGCCGCCGCCGCCGCCGCCGCGGCGCCCAAGAAGGAAAAGAAGGAAAAGAAGGAAAAGGCCCCCAAGGCGGCACCGGCGCCAGAGACGCCGCUGCCGUCGAUGGUCGACAUGCGUGUCGGCAAGAUUGUCGACAUCAAGCGCCACCCCGAUGCGGACGCGCUCUACCUCGAGCAGGUCGACUUUGGCGAGCCGGAUGGGCCGCGCACCAUCCUCUCUGGCCUGGUCCACUUUGUCCCGAUUGACCAGAUGAAGGACCGCUGGGUGGUCGGCAUCUGCAACCUGAAGCCCGUCGCGAUGCGCGGCAUCAAGAGCUUCGGCAUGCUCCUCUGUGCCACGUCCAAGGACGGCAAGGACGGCGGUAUCGAGCCGGUAUGCCCCCCGGCCGACUCGCAGGUCGGCGACCGGAUCUACGUCGAGGGCUACGAAGGGAUGGAGCCGCUCGAGCAGCUGAAUCCCAAGAAGAAGAUCUUUGAGGCGAUCCAGCCGAACUACCUCACCACCGACGACCGGCUCUGCGCCUGGAACGGCCCCCUGCCGAGUGCGCCCGAGGGCGACAAGGCGCCCCGCCUCCUCCGCACCGCGCGCGGCCCGUGCUAUGCACAGACCUUUAGCGGCGCCACGCUGUCGUAG